GACACUCACAUCCCUCACCAUUGUAAACAACACCACAAGAAACCCACAAUCUCAUGCCAUACAACCUCAUCUCACCAUGGCGUCCAUCGCAGAAUCCUCCUCAUCAGGACCCUCUUCUUCAUCUUCAUCCAAACCCCGCAUCUCCGCCAAAUCAACAGCAGACCCCAUCCUCCGCAACGCGCUCCGCUACACCAUCUCAGCAAAGGAAUACGAGACCCUGCACAAAUACAUAAUCUCGCGCUCGAAAGUGCUGCGUCGAAACGCGCCAACUGUUGCAAAGGUGGAGAAAUUGGUUAAGAAGGAUGGAGCAGGAGGAGGUGGGGGAGGGGACGAUUAUAAUGCUGCAGCGAUAAGGGCCAGUUUGAGGGUUUUCUUGGCGAGUAGUGCUGCGUUGAAGGUGUGGGAGUUGGUGGGGGAGAGGUGGUUGGGGAGGGUUAGAGGGAAGAAAGUCCCGUUUUAUAAGAAUGCCAAUCUAAGGCUUUCUAUCUCGUCAUCGUCGAUAUUACUCCUCCAUCGACUUCUCUUCCGCUUUUUCACGCGCCUCAGAGCCCAUCUCCUCACGCCUGAAGCGAGGCCGUUUCGUCAGCGGAAUAAAAGGACCUCAAAAACGUUGACGAGUUCGCUGGCUCCAGCGGUGGGAGCGAGUAUGGCGGGGUUCAUGCUGGCGGUGUAUCCGGCGGACCAGUUGAGGGUUACGAUUGCGAUUUAUGCUCUCAGUCGAGCGGCGGAGUUUGCGUAUAAUCUUGCGGAGGAGGAGGGCUGGAUUUGGAAUAAGGUUGAGAGGCCUUGGUGGUGGGGGAGUUGGUUAUUGUUCCCGAUUACGAGUGGGCAGUUGCUGCAUGCUUUUGUUUUUGAUAGGGAUUGUUUUCCUAAGGGAUAUGGGGAUUUUAUCUUGAAAUACUCCCAGCAGUAUAUUGCUCAAAAACCAGAGGAUUAUCCUGCUAGUCUCCCUUGGCCGGAUCAAUACGAGAUAGUGGAUAACUUGGCCGAGAUGGCGAGACUCAACUAUCCGCCAUUCACAAGCCCAAUCCUCUUCCCAAACACCCAAACCCUCCCCGCAUCCCUCUCCUCCAUAAACCCCAUAACAGCUCCCGCCCACCCACUCCUCAAAUCCCUCACCUGCGCGACCCUGCACCCCUCGGACCCGUCAUGUACCCGCACCUACCUCUCCUCCUACCUAACCUCCUUCCCACCCCUCGCGCGCCUCUUCACAAUAAUUUUCACCAUCCUCUCCCUCCCUUCUCACGCGCACUUCUACUCCUCCCCCCUCACCUCCCUCAACAACCUCGCCUCCACCAUCCUCCGCUACUCCCUCUUCGUCUCGGGCAGUAUCUCCACCUCCUGGGCCGCAAUCUGCUUCUUCCAGGCCUUCCUGCCCCGCCACGUCCUCUCCACGCAGCGCUUCUUCCUCGGCGGUUUCCUGGGCGGGAUAUGGGGCUUUGUCGUGCGAAAGUUAGCAAGAGGAGAGUUUCUGUAUGCGAUAAGGGCUAGUUUGGAUAGUCUCUGGAAGGUGGGACGCAAGAGAGGGUGGUGGAAGGGAGUGAGGGGAGGCGAUGUCUGGAUCUUUGUGGUGUGUUUGGGGGUUAUUAAUAGUGUUUAUGAGAGGGAUGGGAGGGGGAGGGCGAUUCAGAGUCGGGUUGUUAGGAAGGGGGUUAGUUUUUUGAGGGGAGAUGGGGAGGAGGAACGGAGGGUUAGGGAGGAGAAGAGGGUCGAGGGUGAGAAGGGAGGGGUCUUGAUUGAUGGGAAGGAAUGA